AUGGCUGAGUCUGCGCAAGGAUCUUUCAGAAGAGGGCUUGUCAAGCAAGUAAUUUCUGGUGAUGCUAUCGUAUUGCAAGGACCUGCUCAAGGAGGACCACCACCAGAGACUACUGUGUAUUUGAGUAAUGUAACAGCUCCUCGUUUGGGAAAGAGACCAACCGAAACCACCCCUGCUACUCCAGAUGAGCCAUAUGCUUGGGAGUCUCGUGAGUUUCUCAGAAAGAAACUCGUUGGUCAAGUUGUCACUUUCGUCAAGGACUAUACUGCUACUUCCGGUCGUGAUCACGGAAGAAUCUAUCUUGGAGGAACUAACCCCGAGAACGCUGAGAAUGUUACUGAGAGUGCAGUUGCUGAAGGAUUACUUGAAGUGCGUCAAUCCAAGAUUCCAGAUGAAUACUCAAUCAAGUUGAAUGAGUUGCAAGAUCAAGCUAAAGUUUCUGGAAAAGGUAAAUGGAGCACCAACCCAAAGCCUGUCAGAGAAGUCAAGUGGGUCAUUGAUAAUCCUCGUGCUCUUGUUGACCAAUACAAGCAGAAGCCAGUUGAUGCUGUAGUUGAGAUGGUUCGUGAUGGAUCAACAUUCCGUGUCCUUCUUCUCCCUAGCUUUGAAUACAUCACUCUUCAACUUUCUGGAGUUAGAGCUCCAGUUACUAGAUCAGGAGCUGACGGAAAAACUGAGCCAUUCUCUGAGGAAGCCAAGCACUUCGCCGAGACUAGACUACUCCAGCAAGAUCUUCAAGUUAUUCUCGAGUCCGUUUCCAAUCAGAAUAUUGUUGGAUCUGUAGUUCACCCAAGAGGAAACAUUGCCGAGUCUCUGCUUAGAGAAGGGUUUGCCAAAUGCGUUGACUGGAGCAUUGGACUUUGCACUGGUGGAGCUGAAAAGUUAAGAACUGCUGAGAGACAAGCCAAGGAAAAGAGAGUUCGUCUCUGGCGUUCAUACACAUCUCCAACUGGAGGACUUUCCGCUGACAAGAAAGCAUUCUCCGCCAAAGUUAUUGAGAUCGUUAUGUCUGAUGCUAUGAUUGUACAAAAAGAUGAUGGCACUGAUCAGAAGAUUUUCUUGUCCUCUGUCAGACUUCCAAGGGGAGACGGAGAUGAUAAGCCCGCCGUUGGACGUCAAUUCAGACCACUUUAUGACAUUCCAUUCAUGUUCCAAGCUCGUGAAUUCCUCAGAAAACGUCUUGUCGGAAAGAAAGCCAACAUCACCGUCGAUUAUAUCCAACCCAAAUCUGAGCAAUACCCAGAGAAAAUCUGCUGUACAAUUCGUGUAGGAGACGCUAACAUCGCUGAAGGUCUUAUCUCUCGCGGUUUGAGCAAGGUUGUACGUCACCGUGCUGACGAUGAGAACAGAUCUUCUGAAUAUGAUGCACUUCUCGCUGCCGAAGCCAAUGCUGAAAAGAGUAAGAAGGGAUUGUUCGCUGACAAGUCAGUUGACAAGAAGGAUACCCUUAGAAUCCAAGAACUUCAAGGAGAUCUUGCAAGAAGCAAGCAAUUCCUUCCAUACCUUCAAAGAAGCGCAAGAUCCGAAGGUGUUGUUGAAUUUAUUAGCAGUGGAUCUCGCAUGAGAGUCUAUAUCCCUAAGGAAACUUGUAUCAUCACUUUCCUUCUCAGCGGAAUCAGUGUUCCAAAGACUGCCCGUUCUGGACCAGGAGGAGUAACCGGAGUUGACGAACCAUUCUCCAAUGAAGCUACUGCAUUCACUCGCAACCUUACUCUUCAGAGAGAAGUUGAGAUUGAAGUCGAAGGAAUCGACAAAAUGGGCAACUUUGUUGGUUACUUGUUCGUAUCCACUGAUGGAGGUCGUCCAUUGAAUCUCAGUGAACUUCUCUUGGAACAAGGAUUGGCUUCUGUUCAUUUCACAGCUGAAAAGAGUGGUCAUUACACUGCCCUCCUUGCUGCUGAACAAAGAGCCAGAAACGCCAGAAGAAACAUCUGGGCCAACUACAAGGAGGAAGCUCAAGUUGAAGAGACAGUUGAACCUCAAAACGACACUAGCGAGAGAAAGGUUAACAUGAAGAAGAUUGUUGUUAGUGACAUCGCUAGAAACAACUUCACUCUCGAGGGAGAUAAGCCAAGACAUCUCAGCUUCAAAUUCUCUGCUCAACACGUUGAGGAUGGAGCUAAGCUCGAGAAGCUUAUGGCUGAUUUGAGAGAGAACCUCAGUCAGAACAAGCCUAUGACUGGAGCUUACGUUCCAAGAAAGGGAGAUCUUUGUGUAGCUCCUUUCUCUGCUGAUGGACAAUGGUACAGAGCUCGUGUUGACGCUGUUCGUUCUGGUCAAUCAGAGGUUACUUUCAUCGAUUACGGCAACAAAGAAUCAGUUGCCAGUAAUGCCUUGGCUCAAUUGCCAGCUGGAUUCGCUAACCAUCCAGGUUUCUCCAAGGAAUAUGCUCUUGCACUUACUCAAGUUCCAUUCGACAAGGAAUACGGACGACAAGCUGAAGAUGCUUUCGAGUACUACGUUACUUCUACUCCAAUCAUCGACAUUAACGUUGAAUACAAAGCUGGAAGCUUGGAAUAUGUGCAAGCAUUCAUUGAGAAUCAAGGAAAGAAGACUGACCUUGGUCUUACCCUUGUGCAAGAAGGUUAUGCUCUUGCUGACAAACGACGUGAAGCUAGAUUGCAAGAUUUGGUUUCACAAUAUCAAGAUGCUGAGAAGAGGGCUCGUCGCGAGCGCCGUGUUAUUUGGGAAUUUGGUGACUUCACUGGUUUUGAUCUGUGA